UAUAUAAACACAAACAAAGGUGUUUUUCAGACAGUACUCCGACAAGAAUUCUUUGUGAAUAUCAGUAAUUUUAUUUAUUUUUUUCUUUAUAUUUGCGUGAAUUUGUUGAUUGAUUAAUCCGAUAAUAAUGAUCAAAGAAAUCAUUAUUUUCAGUAUAAUCUGCUUGGUUUUCUACCGUUCUGUUGCUGCAGAGGACCCUAAACAAAAAGUACCAGCUCAGGAAGUACUGCUGGCUACUUCAGAAGAUGUAGGAUCAGGAGAUGAGCCAGACUUAGUUCCUGAAGCGUCUGCUUGGGGGGUGUACAAUAACUGGGGUGGCAGAAGAUACGGCUAUGGAAAGGGUUGGGGAAGUUGGGGUGGGCGUGGUUACGGUUGGGGAGGGGGUUGGGGAUAUGGAGGGGGCUGGAAAAGAAGGGGGUACUACUGGGGAUAAACCAACAAAUCGAAUUUUGAUAUUUUUGUGAUGAAAUGGAACCUAAAGGAGGCAGAAAACUAAUAAUUUUGUAUUUUGGUCAGUAUUAAAUUAACAAUUGUGAAUUUAUUUUUAUAAAAUAAAAGCA